AUGUCCAGAAACCGAACCAAUCAGCGCCGCCAACGGAAAGUGAAUGAAAAUGAGGGGCAAUCGGCUGACGAGGUGGAUGAAUUCGCGGCGGCAACAAGUCGGGAAGAUGAGGAUUCACAGUCGGAGGAGUCAAAACUGCUGGACUUUCUGGACAGCAGGGAAGAUCCGCAGGAGGAAUUCGCAGCAAGUCCGGUGCGAGAGAAAAAGCCCCUUCGUCUGGCAGUAAAAACUAAUUCCGCUUCCCAUUCCAACAACAAUCAAGAGGCCGUGGAAAACCGUCGAAGGAUCUACCGCCAAUUGGGCAUUUAUAUUCACGAGUCGCAGCCCGAACAUCCGCUAAUGGGUUAUCGCUUCGUCGUGAAACUUUUCCUGGCCACCGAUAGCAGCUGUGUGGAUUUUCUCAACUGGUCGGGAAAAGGAACUCAAUUAGAGCUAAAUUAUCAGGGUUUGCAGGAUCAUUUGUCCAGCGGUCGUUCGAUUUUCCACUGCCGAAAUACCCUGCAAUUUACGGCCCAGCUUUUGGCCCAUGGAUUUGAACGUAUAUGGUCGAGGGAAGAAUCUGAAUCUAAAGAUUCUGUCUCCCCCAUUUUGCUGUUCUAUAGGAAUCCCAAUUUCGUCAAGGGUCAGCUGGGGAAGUUGGAGAAAAUCAGGGAGGACAAGAAGGACUCACGAUUGCCGAAUUUACACCUCCCGAAUUAUGCUCAUAUUGCCAGGAUGAUCCGACGGGGAGAUCUCUGUUCCACUUCGUUCACCUGCCUAUCUCCCCUGCAGAUAGCUCGAUGUCACUUCCAAGCCCGCCUGGAUUAUCAGGCAGAUUUGGGGGUCCUAAAGGAACGCAAUAAUCACGAUAUGUUGAACCAACAGAUUAUGACGCAAUUGAAUGUGAAGCGAGGACGCAGUGCCUCCAGUAAUAAUUCCCUUCCAGAACCAACGCCCAGUAAAGUUUCCCAGGCCAAGUUCGUAAAGCCCCACGAAUCGGUCAUCAAUAUAGGCAUAGGUCAAGCGCCCGAUUAUGCGGGUUAUUAUGGAAAAGUGGAACUGUCCAAGGUCAACGACUUCUUUUCGGAAUAUCUUCCCCGCUAUGGCAGCAAAAUCACCGGCUACAAGGAUAUCGUAAUGGAUGCGACCAACAAAUCGAUUGGUUUCCAACAGAAUCUGCCCAUCGGCUUGAAUUAUUCGGAUGACGAAGACGAUGUUUUGGCCCCGCUUUCUUCCGGCUUGGAUAUGGAUUUUCUUCCUUCCACCUCGGCGGCGGGAAAAAUGAAAUCUUCUGGUCGCAAGGUGGCUGAGGGGGAUUUCGAUUUCGAUCAGGCUAUGCAGGACCUUCUAAAGAAGGAAGAGGACGAUGAUGAUGAUGAUGUUCCACAGACCAGCAGCAGCAGCAAGUUGAAAGCGAAACCCAAGCCAAAGGCCAAAGCCAAGCCCACAAAACGUGUGGCCAAACUGCUAGAAUCCAGUUCUAGCGAAAACGAAGAAUCGGAGGAGAUUGAAGAGAAAUCGAAAGCCAGAAAGCCGAAGAAUAUCCAAUUGAAGACUGAGGAAAAUGGUAUCUCCUAUGUUGUGAAAAUCGAAGUGGACUCCGAUAUGCCGGAAAACGAUGAGUCGACGGAUAAAAAUGUGAAGGAUCUGCAAUACGAAGAGGAUGAUGACGAUGACGAGGAAGAGGAGGACGAACUGGACGAGGAGGACGAUGACGAUUAUGUUGACAAAUACGCUCCAUAUAGAAGUGCUCCAGAGCCGCCGAAAAGAAGGCGUUAUGAUCUUCGCAACUCUAAGCGAAACCCUCCAUAAAAUGGUUAUAAUAUACCUUAACAGAAAUAGGAAAAAAUAUUAAGUUAAAUCAAUUUUAAGCUAA